AGCAUCUAGUCUAGUUAACAUCGAACCCUACCGAUGAACUCGACGAUCAACCGCUAAUCAUCUUCUGUCCUCCCGUUCAGUUCUGGUCAUUUGCACCAAUCGAUGGAUCCUUGCCGUGCUAGUCCGGGCAAUCAAUCGUUCAACAGGCAUGCAUCGUAUCCUCUCACAGAAUUGAGCAACCUCGACACCAUUGAUGGCCAUAUCAAGUGCUGCCCCGAGCAACCCAUACUCUGUGGCGCUGCCAUCAGCGUCAACAGUCUAGCUGUCACUCCCUGUCUAUGUUGCAGCUCACGUGUUCUUCGGGUUGGAGUUGCUUUCAAGGUUUUUAUCCCAUCAGAGGUUCCUGCAGCCAAAUUAGUUCCUUUUGAGCCAGGGCAAGGUGCGGCCCCUGGCAGAGCCUGGAAUACUCGAGAUCCACCCCCGUCAUCAUCGGCUUUCUUGCGAAAGCCUCUUCCCAUUGCGCACACCUUAUCCUUCAAAACUCGACACUGCUUGCGAACAGCAAUAUGUUGGUUCCAGGUAAUAGAGCUACAGAAUACUCCGUCCCCACGGUUCAUGCUUUCAGUGCAAAUGCGUCAAGUAUGCCUCAUAACUCGAACAACUCGGCGGGAAAUGUUAGGUAUACAAACGAGUCCAUGGUGCGAAACUACUACGUAUUCGGGGGCUUCUAGAAGCGUGGUCGAGGGAAUCACUGUGAAACCAAAGAAUGCUUGCAUUCCCCGUCGUAGUAUUGGCAUCUGACACACUGCCUUGUUGCGCUGCCAAUUCAAAAUCGCAUCAAACUGUAUAAAUCGCAUCAAACUGUAUAAAUAGCAACACAAAGGAUGCUCCUGCAUAGCCUGAACAUUCUGUUUACUUGCCAUCCAAUAGACUUCUAGUUGCAAG